CCUCCAUCAUCCACAACAAUGCCGCGCGACAGCCCACCGCACCAGCGCACGCGCGACCGCUCGAGGUCACCACAACGGCGGGAUCGCGAGCGCGAGCGCGACUACGAUCGCAAGCCCGACGUGCGCGGCGACCGGGAUCGCGGCGACCGAGGGGGCGAAAGGGGGAACGGAUACGGCGGCGGUCGUCCACGGGACGAGGGGUACGGCGCGCGCGAGCGCGAGCGUGAGCGCGAGUCGGAUCGGAAGCGGUACGAUGAGGACGCGGAGGCCCCGCCAAAGUCCCCCCCAAAGCCAAACUUUGGCAACUCUGGCCUGCUGGCAAAAGAGAGCAACACAGUCAAGGGCGUCGCGCUCAAGUACCACGAGCCGCCCGAGGCGCGCAAGCCCGUGCAGAACUGGCGGCUGUACGUGUUCAAGGGGGACGAGCAGGUCGACCUCAUCCACAUCUACCGCCAGUCGUGCUACCUGUUAGGCCGGGACGCCGUCGUGACCGACAUCCCCAUCGCGCACCCGUCUUGCUCAAAGCAGCACGCCGUCAUCCAGUUCCGGCAAACGACCGAGCGCAACGAGUUUGGCGACGAGAAGACGGAGAUCAAGCCGUACGUCCUCGACCUCGAGUCGACGAACGGCACAUAUGUCAACGACGCCGAGAUCCCCAAGACGCGCUACUACGAGCUGCGGAACAAGGACGUGCUCAAGUUUGGCACGUCGACGCGCGAGUACGUGCUGCUGCACGAGGAGUCGAAGAAGUAGCGAAGCGAGGGGCAAGCAGCAUGUUAGGCAUCUGGGCGGCGGGCGGCAUG